CUCUCUCUCUCUCUCUGUUUUUUUUGGGGGGGGGGGUUGAAAGCAUUUGCUUUGCAACCAUCAAGCUUGAUACAGUGGUAGCCUUGAUUAUGUAGAAAAAAAUUAAUGGAAGUACAUAUAAUAUGAAGAGUUGACUACUGCUUGAAAUAGUCACACAUAAAGCAAUUGGAAUUUAUUUUGACUAAGGAACAUCUUGACAUUUUAUCACAGCUGUGAUGGCAAGACUGGGUGAGAAACUUAUUAAAGCCUUCCAUCAGCAAGAGUUUUGCGAUCUGGAAAUUUCAUUAUCAGAUGGAACUACCCUGAGGGCACACAGGACAGUUGUUAUACUCGGCAGUGAUUGGUUUAGAACAUGUUUGAGUGAAAAUUGGGACCCAAACCAAUCAAAAAAGGCAGUUAUUUGUCAUGAUUUUUUGCCUUCGCUAACAAGAUCUGUUAUUGAAUUUCUGUACACACAUGAGAUUGAUUUAUCAUUUGAAAAUGUUGAAGAUGUGAUACAGGCAUCACAGUUUUAUAUGAUUACAGAUUUGUCUGUAAAAUGUUUAGAUUUUCUUCAACAGUCCAUAUGUGUUGAUAAAGCCGUGCUUGUUUUACUCAUUUCGCACAAAUUUGGUUUGAAAGAUGUUGUGUCAUCAUCAUUGUUAUACAUUGACAAAUAUGCAAGAGAUAUUCUGUCCAAUAGUCCUGCAAAUGAAAUGUUUUUCCAAUACCCUGUAGAUCUAGUUAAUUUGAUGCUUAAGCGAAACACAUUGUGUAUGCAUGAAGAGAAGCUAUUUUUGUUGAUAGUGAAGUGGAUGCAUUCAGAAUUUAGAAAUGUUUCAGACACUUGGGAAAAAAUUGUUCCAAAUAUCAGGUUUGGCAGAAUGUCCGCCUCUUUUUUCAUUGAAAAUGUUGUGUACCAAAAUAUUAUUAGUGAUGAUUAUGCAAUGAAAAUACUAUUAUAUUUAAAUUCAUUGAAUGUUUGUAAGGACACUGUUGGUCCAGCUUUUCAUUCUCGUAUGUGUGAGUCAGACAAGGACAUUAAGAUUGUUAGGUUUUUUUCAAGAAGUCCAAGAAAUACUUGGAAAUGUGAUGAACUAAAUGGGGAUAGACUUGUAGUUUCUGUAGAUAAAAAUAUGCAACUUCAUGGAAUAAUUUUGUAUGGCAACUACAAUGUCUCAGUCUUAGUUGAAAUAGCAUUAUCGUGUGAUGAAAAUAUUCUUCUGAAGGAAAAAGUACGUGAAGAGUUGACUGAGGAGUGUGAAUUUUCAUUUAUUUUUGCAAACAAUGUUACUUUAGAAAAAGAUAAGUUGUAUACUGUUGCUGUGCACAUGUCUGGAUGUGAUGUGUAUUUUGGCAUUGAUGGGUUAUCAAGUAUAAAAACAACCUUUGAGGUAAAAAAAACUGUGACAGUCACAUUUUCUGACAGUAUGUGUAGUCUUACAAACACAAGAAGAGGACAGAUUAAAGGAAUUAUUUUGCAUUAAUAAUUACAGAAAAUUUGUACAUUGAUAUAAUGUACUUCUUGUGUAUAACACAUACAAAUCAAAUAAAAGAAUGCUCUUACUGUCAAUCUAUAUUUGUACUGUUUAGUUUUAUAAAAGGAAUCCAGAGCAAAAAUAGUUAAAACAUCGCUGCGUUUGAGCAGUUUUAAGGAAAACUUGCAUUUCUAUUGUUUGAUUAAGUGUAUGACACCUUGUGUUUGAUUAAUGGAUUAAAGAUUAUAAAGCAUUGGAGGUCAAUGCCAGUUCAAAUUACGGCACCAAAUGUAAUGGGA